CUCACCUGAAAGAGAACGAUGUGGCUGCUGGAACAUUUGUCCGUUACGUUGGAAAUCGACUUCAUCUGUUGUUUCGUAUGGCUGGGGUUGUUAUUCAGUACAAGAACUUGCUAACAGGAUAUCUUGUUGGAAAAACAACCAAAGUCUGCACUCAACUGCUUGCUGAUCUGAAGAAACCUGAGGUUCUCGUGCAGCUGCAAGCACUCGGGCUGAUUGGGAAAUUGAUCUCUGGCCCUUGGAUGAAGUUGAUUUAUAAGAAUGCAAUGCGGCGGUCAAAUCUGGCUUUUGUAUCAGAGUUCCAGUAUGCUAUGAAAGAAAUUGAGAGGUUAAAGAGUAAUCCCGAAGGUGUACUGACAACUAACUUUGAUGUGUUUGGACAACAUCUGGAGGUGGACAGAACUUUGGAAGCUCUUCGGCAGGAGCAGAACAGCACUCUGUUUAAUGAAGUCAUGAAAGCAUUGUUGACUUCUACUGAGUCUGUCUUGGUGCGACAGCUGGAGAGGUAUCUGGUUGGAGAUCUUUCCAACCCCACAAGUGAGAUGUUGGAUGCCACCAGUUCUGCGCCACCUCACAAUAUUUUUUCAGAAAGGUGUCUCGGCAUUGCAGACUACCUUAUCAGGCGUUCCCCAAAUGUGUCAGUUGGUUUCAUGGACUCUAAGUUAAAGGCAAGUGUGAAUGGCACACUUAAGUGGCUGGAUCAAAAGUCUGUUCCAGAGCAGAUGAAACUGGUUACCUUCGCGAUGCAUAGGGGAGCCCAGAUAAGGAAAGCCUGCAUUCUGUUGCAGCAGCAAAUAGAUAGGGACAUUUUGUCACGCAUGAAGGACUUGAAGGAAAAGCAAGAAAAGCUUGAAAGGAAAAAGCUUCAGACUGCUGUCCGCAAGGCUAUGUGUGACAAAAAUGUUUCUGUUGAAGAGCCUAUUUUUGCUGCUGUUGAUAGAAAGCAGAGACCAUUUCUGUCUAGAAUUUUGGCUGGUGAAGAUCUGGUUGGUGUUCAGCUGACUCAUAAGUGGGAGCUGGAUGAUCAGGGUGUGUCCCAAUACAAUGGAAGGAUUAUUGAAAGGGUGCCAGCACCAAAAAAGAAGUCAGCUGUCUACACCAUCAGUUACUGGUCGGAGGAUGAGGAUGAUGCUGAGUAUUUUAGCCAUCUGGCAGAAUCACUGGUUGUUGACUUGCUUCACAGGAAUCUUGAGUUUCUUUCUGAAUAUUAG